UGCGGUUGCGUUGUCGCCGGGUGACGCCUCCUCUGCCCCCCAUCGCCAUUCCCCGCAGGCAGCAGCGACUCGUGGGAUUCCCACCACCACCACCUCCUCCUCCUCCUUCGUCUUCCCCGUCACCGAUUCCUUCCUUGCCCUACUACCGCCACCAUCCACCGCACCGCACCGCCCGGCCGCGUGGCAGGCAGCUCGCCGCUUCUCCUCUUCCCUGUUCUUGGCGAUCUCUGCGUGCUAUGGUUUGCAGGUUCCUCCAUUUCAUUUGUUGGAUUGCGAAAGAGGCUUUAUGCUUUAUAAAGAACUGGUUUAACAUCUGAUGGGCUGCUCACCUUCUAAGGUGUGCUCAUGUCCACAUUAUAAGGGCUGUUUGUGCUUCUGUGGAUGCUUUGGACAAACACCUGACUCCCCAAGAGAGUCAAGGGGAAAAUCCAGCCGGCAUAGGGGAAAGACAGAUUCUAGUGCUUCGGAUGCUUCUUCUGAUGACCUAGAUGAAGAUGAUGAUGGAUUGCAUCAAAUGAACAUUACAAGGGACUCAAAUGUUGGUAUCAAUCGACUCUCAAGGGUAUCUUCACAGUUUCUUCCGCCAGAAGGUUCACGUAAAGUUCGAGUCCCAAUAGGAAACUAUGAUAUGAGAUACUCCUACUUGUCUCAAAGAGGCUACUACCCAGAAUCAUUGGACAAGCCAAACCAAGACAGUUUUUGUAUACAUACUCCAUUUGGAACAAAUCCUGACGACCAUUUCUUUGGUGUAUUUGAUGGCCAUGGAGAAUAUGGAGCUCAGUGUUCACAAUUUGUGAAGCGAAAAGUAUGCGAAAACCUUCUCAGAGAUAACUGUUUACGUACUGAUGCUGUUCAGGCUCUUCACUCUGCUUUUGUGGCAACAAAUUCACAGCUGCAUGAAGAUAGCUUGGAUGAUUCUAUGAGUGGUACUACUGCAGUCACUGUAUUAGUGAGGGGCAAAACUAUUUACAUUGCAAAUACGGGUGAUUCACGUGCUGUUAUUGCUGAAAAAAGAGGUGAAGAUAUUGUUGCUGUUGACCUGUCCAUUGAUCAAACUCCCUAUAGGACUGACGAGCUUGAAAGAGUCAAGGAGUGUGGUGCUAGGGUUCUGACGUUGGAUCAAAUAGAGGGACUAAAGAACCCAAAUGUACAGUGUUGGGGUACUGAGGAAAGUGAUGAUGGUGAUCCUCCAAGGUUGUGGGUGCAAAAUGGCAUGUAUCCAGGAACUGCUUUUACUCGUAGCAUUGGAGAUUCUGUCGCUGAAUCUAUUGGUGUUGUCGCUAAUCCAGAGAUAUUUACCCUGGAGCUAAAUGCCAACCAUCCAUUCUUUGUUCUUGCUAGUGAUGGAGUUUUUGAGUUUCUUUCCAGUCAAACUGUUGUCGACAUGAUUGCUAAAUACAAGGAUCCUCGUGAUGCAUGCGCUGCCAUUGUUGCUGAAUCCUAUCGCCUCUGGCUACAGUAUGAAACUCGUACAGAUGACAUUACAAUCAUAGUUGUUCAUAUUAACGGGUUAACUGAUGUGGAAUCUUCUCAAACUGUAAUGAAAGUAUCUUUACAACCUUCCCAACAAGUAGUAGAAUUGGUAGGCUCAGAAUCACCAUCGACAAUAAGUCUGAAUCCCAAGAACCAGCGUUCCAGGCAUGAUCUGUCGCGUGCACGGCUGAGAGCACUUGAAAGUUCCCUGGAAAAUGGUCAAUUAUGGGUCCCUCCAUCCCCAUCUCAUCGCAAGACAUGGGAAGAGCAAGCACAUAUUGAGCGUAUACUGCAUGACCAUUUCCUGUUCAGAAAGCUCACUGACUCUCAGUGCCAUGUUUUACUUGAUUGUAUGCAAAGAGUCGAGGUGAAAGCUGGGGAUAUAGUUGUGCAGAAGGGUGGAGAAGGCGAGUGCUUUUAUGUAGUUGGGAGUGGUGAGUUCGAAGUCCUAGCCGUCCAGCAGGAAGAAGAUGGAAAGGAAGUGACCAAGGUUCUACAUCGGUAUACCGCUGACAAACUAUCUUCCUUUGGGGAGCUAGCACUAAUGUAUAACAAGCCACUUCAAGCUUCAGUUCGUGCCGUGACUACUGGAACAUUAUGGGCUCUAAAGAGAGAGGAUUUUCGGGGAAUUCUGAUGUCAGAGUUUUCAAAUAUACCAUCAUUAAAGUUACUCCGAUCAGUGGAGCUGUUUACAAGAUUGACCAUACUUCAACUCAGUCAACUUGCUGACUCCCUUGUUGAAGUAACUUUUGCAGAUGGUCAAAUGAUAGUAGACAAGAAUCAUGACGCAUCUUCCCUAUAUAUUAUUCAAAGAGGUCAUGUGAAACUUAAAUUGGGUGCUGAUCAGGUAAAUUCAGAUGCUUGGGAUCUUCUUAGUUCCCAAACAAAGGUGGUCCAAUCAAGUCAAGAAGAUGGUAAUUACGUGUUUGAGAUAGAUGAAGGGGGACACUUUGGAGAAUGGGCUCUCUUUGGGGAAACAAUUGCUUUUACUGCUACGUCAGUUGGUGACGUCACUUGUUCUACCAUUGGGAAGGAGAAGUUUGACUCAAUUGUUGGGACCUUGCCAAAAGUUUCUCAGUCUGAUGCCAAGCUUAAAGAUUCCCUGAUUCCUAAAGGGCAUAGGGACGAUGAUGAUAGUGCUUUCAGGAGAGUGCAGCUAUCUGAUUUGGAAUGGAAAAUGUGCAUAUAUGCCGCUGAUUGCAGUGAGAUUGGUCUUGUCCAACUAAGAGGUUCUGACAAGAUCAAAAGCUUAAAAAGGUUUUACAUCAAGAGAGUAAAAGACCUUCAUAAGGAAGCACAAGUAACUGAUGAGAAGGAUCUCAUGAAAUCUUUGAGCCAAUCAACUUCUGUUCCAGAAGUUCUAUGUACUUGUGCUGAUCAAUCAUACCUAGGAAUACUGCUGAAUUGUUGCCUUUGUUGCUCACUGGCUUCAAUCCUUCACACACCACUGAAUGAGUCAUCUGCACGAUUCUAUGCAGCCUCCGUCGUUGUAGCUCUAGAAAAUCUUCAUCAGAGGUCCAUUCUGUAUAGAGGUGUUUCUGCAGACAUUCUUAUGGUUGACCGAUCAGGACAUCUUCAACUAGUGGACUUCAGGUUUUCAAAGAAGUUGGAAGGUGAAAGGACAUACACAAUAUGUGGGAUUGCUGACUCACUAGCUCCAGAGAUAGUUCUCGGUAGGGGCCAUGGAUUUUCUGUUGACUGGUGGGCACUUGGAGUCUUGAUUUAUUUCAUGCUGCAGUCAGACAUGCCAUUUGGCUCUUGGAGGGAGAGUGAGCUAGAGCCUUUUGCAAAGAUUGCAAAGGGACACCUUGUUAUGCCAGCAACAUUUAGCACAGAAGUUGUUGACCUUAUAACAAAGCUACUUGAGGUAAACGAAAAUGCACGCCUCGGAGCCAAGGGAGCUGAGUCUGUGAAAAGGCACCCCUGGUUUGAUGGCAUUGACUGGAAGCGAAUAGCAGAUGGUACUUUCACAGUACCUGAAGAAAUCACCGAUCGCGUCGACAGCUAUGUAGAAACUCUUACAGAGGACAUGACAGCAUCCACAUCCAUGCCAAGUGAAGAAACGGCUGAUCAGGCUGCUCCAGAAUGGAUCCAGGAUUGGUAAUCUCAGUUGCUGCGUGAACAAAAAA